UGCUGCUUAGCUCCCGCUGAGACAAUAAAGCAAAGGUGUAGAAUAUUAUGAUGUGUUUCUAACAGUAGGAACCUUGCAUCCAUGAACUGGUUUGGGUUUGGUUUUAAUGGCUUUGGACAAAUAGAGCCACAGAGAAACGAUGAACAGAAGGAUAUUAAGGUGCUCAGGCCGGUGGCGCUGGGCUCUUUGUGCGCAUGCGCUGAGUCAGGUCUAAGCAGAACAGGUUCGAGCCCAAAACAAAAAACCCAGACGUGGAAAGUUGUUGCGAGUUGGAGCCGAAGUGCGAUUAUCCACAGAACAGGUGAUCGCCAGUGUGUGUGUGUACAUGGAGUAGAGGGCAGUGUCUUAGUGUCAGAGAGUGAAGGAUGUGAAGAUGCUGUCCUUACUGAGAGCUGUUUAACCCUCAGCUUUACUCACACUGUCCAGUGCUGGAGUUUACACAGAAAAGGAAGAGCGCUUGUGUGGAGUGAAAAACUAAACAGCACUGAAAAGACUGGGAAUGCUCUAGCACUACCAUUGGUUCCGGGGGGAUAUAUAGCUUCCAAGCCUCCUUUUUUUCGGCCCCUCUCUCUCCACCUGCAGGCAGCGAGCCUGGCACUGGGCACUGAGCACGCUGUUCUACUCACAGCCUCCGGGACAGUGUACACCUGGGGACAUGGCAGUCAUGGUCAGCUGGGUCAGGGCACUCUGGUGUCAGGGGAUGAGCCUCAAGCAGUAGAGGCACUGUGGGGAGUCCCCAUGAAAUCUGUUGCUGCAGGAGGCUGGCACUCAGCGUGCAUCAGCGCUGGGGGAGACCUGUAUGUAUGGGGCUGGAACGAGAGCGGGCAGAUUGGCCUGCCAUCAAAAGGCCUCAGAGAGGAGAGUCAGAGAGAGGAGGAAAGGAUUGGUGAGACAGACAAAGUUAAAGAGAACAUAAAGAAGGACGAGGGCACCACCGAUGUGUUCAUCUCGAUUCAAGCAUUCCCCGCUCUGGUGGAUGUAUCAGAAGCAUCUGAAAUCAGCAUGGUCAGCUGUGGAUCCCGUCAUACAGCAGCUAUAACCAGCACUGGUGAUCUCUACACCUGGGGAUGGGGUCUCUAUGGGCAAUUGGGUCAUGGUUCAAGAUGCAGCUCAGAUGAACCAAAAAUUGUGGAGUUUUUCACAAGUGCUGGAAUGAGUGUAAGACAUGUAAGCUGUGGAUUAUGGAACACAUUUGUGGCAGCAGUUCCAAGAGACCCUGUCGCACCCUGACCCACACAGUAUACAGUAUUCAAUACAGUAAUACUGUAUUCUCUCUUCUGAUUAAGAACAACUCAACAUAGGAAUAAAGUGGGUGUACAAGCAUUUAUCAAAUAUACAAAUAGAUCUCCAAACAAACGUGAGAAAAAAAAACCUUUGCUGUCACAAAGGAAAUUGAAAUACAGGGAAAAAACAACCACAAUUAACACAUUGUUACAUUAGAACUGUUGUGUGAAGAGCAAAGUGCAUGCGUGUUAAAAAUGAGGCAGAGGCAAAAACAAACAAACAAAAAAAACAUCUUUGGGUCACCGUGAUCUUCACAGCACAAUCUUGAAAGAGCU